AUGGAACCAGCUUUGAAAAAAUCUCGUUCUGAUUCAAAAAAUCCAUACCUAUCUCACUUAGAAGAUGGUAGCGAUGAUUUGGAAAGUGUUUCUUCCAACGGGUUAACUAGACGUGCUACAACAGUUGAAGCUGUAGAAAAAGCGGAAAGUGGACCCAACAAUCCUUUCAAUAACAUACCUUUUAGCGAUAAAUACUUUGCAAUUUUAGACGGAAGACGCCAAUUGCCUGUGCAUCAGCAAAGAGAUGAAUUUUUGAAGCUUUACCAUGAAAACCAAAUUAUCGUAUUCGUCGGUGAAACGGGUUCUGGUAAAACCACUCAAAUUCCUCAGUUUGUUUUAUACGACGAAUUGCCACAUCUAACCAAUUCCCAAGUUGCUUGUACUCAACCUCGUCGUGUGGCAGCUAUGUCAGUCGCUAAGCGUGUCGCAGAUGAAAUGGAUGUCAAGCUUGGAGGAGAAGUUGGUUAUAACAUUCGUUUCGAAGACUGCAGUGGCCCCAAUACAAUGUUGAAAUAUAUGACUGAUGGUAUGCUUCUACGUGAGGCCAUGAAUGAUCACACAUUGUCAAGAUACUCUUGUAUUAUUCUUGACGAAGCACACGAAAGAACUUUAGCUACUGAUAUUCUGAUGGGUCUUAUGAAGCGUAUAGCCCAAAGAAGACCCGACCUGAAAAUUAUUGUCAUGUCUGCAACUUUAGAUGCUAGAAAAUUUCAAAAGUACUUUUUCGAAGCUCCUUUAUUGGCAGUUCCAGGAAGAACAUUCCCUGUCGAAAUUUACUAUACCCAAGAUCCUGAACGUGAUUAUUUAGAAGCCGCUCUUCGUACUGUCCUUCAAAUCCAUGUUGAAGAGGGCCCUGGCGAUAUUCUUGUUUUCCUUACUGGUGAAGAAGAAAUUGAGGAUGCAUGCCGUAAAAUUGCUCUAGAAGCCGAUGACUUACUUCGAGAGGGCGCUGCAGGUCCCUUGAACGUGUAUCCUUUGUAUGGUUCUUUACCACCUAAUUUGCAACAACGCAUUUUUGAGCCAACGCCAGAAGAUAGUAAAUCUGGCCCUGGCCGAAAGGUUGUGAUCUCUACAAACAUUGCCGAAACAUCUCUUACAAUUGACGGAAUUGUUUAUGUCGUUGAUCCAGGAUUCAGCAAGCAAAAAAUUUACAAUCCUCGUAUUCGUGUUGAAUCUCUUCUAGUAAGUCCUAUUAGCAAAGCUAGUGCUCAGCAACGUGCAGGUCGUGCAGGCCGUACCCGUCCUGGUAAAUGCUUCCGGCUCUAUACUGAAGAUGCUUUCCGUAAAGAAUUAAUCGAACAAACUUAUCCGGAAAUCCUUCGAAGCAAUCUUUCAAGUACAGUAUUGGAAUUGAAGAAGUUAGGAAUUGACGACCUUGUUCAUUUCGAUUAUAUGGAUCCUCCGGCACCUGAGACCAUGAUGCGUGCUUUAGAAGAGCUCAACUACCUUGCUUGUUUAGAUGAUGAGGGUAGUUUGACUCCACUUGGCCGCAAGGCCUCAGACUUUCCUCUUGAUCCCAACUUAGCUGUUAUGUUAAUCAAGAGUCCUGAAUUCUAUUGCUCCAACGAAGUUCUGUCUCUUACCGCGCUUUUAUCUGUUCCCAGUAUAUUCGUGCGUCCAAAUUCUGCUAGAAAACUUGCUGAUGAAAUUCGCCAGCAAUUUGAGCACCCUGAUGGUGAUCAUUUGACUUUAUUAAAUGUAUAUCACGCUUACAAGUCCAGUGAAGGUACUUCUGAUUGGUGCUGGAAUCACUUUUUGUCCCAUAGAGCUUUAAUUAGUGCUGACAAUGUUCGAAAGCAACUUAGAAGAACAAUGGAACGACAACAAGUCGAUUUAAUUUCCACUCCUUUCGAAGACAAAAAUUAUUACGUGAAUAUACGGAGAGCUCUUGUUAGUGGCUUUUUCAUGCAAGUUGCUAAGAAAUCCGCUAAUGGUAAAAAUUAUGUAACCAUGAAGGAUAACCAAAUGGUAUCCCUUCAUCCUUCUUGCGGAUUGUCGGUUACUCCAGAGUGGGUUGUAUACAAUGAAUUUGUUUUAACGACUAAGAGCUUCAUUCGCACUGUUUCUUCUGUUCGACCUGAAUGGUUGGUUGAAUUGGCUCCCAACUAUUACGAUUUGGAUGAUUUUGACAAUAACAAAGAGGUAAAGUCAGCACUUCAAAAAAUAUACCAAAUGGCCGCUAGAUCCAAGAAGGGAUCUCGAAAGUAA